AAUUCAUGAUGAAUAUGACAAACUAUACAGAUUAAGUGAUGUACUGAUAAAAGUAUUAUUCUACAAGGCACAAUUGAACAAUAAAGAAUUUGGUUACCAUUAUAAUACCUGUUCUGUUGUAAUAAAUGAACUGUCAGAAUCUCUUUCUCCAGAUAAGAUAUAUCAAUCUUAUUACGAUUUUUUUUUAACUUAUAAUUAAAAUAUUCUAAAAUUAUAAAAAUUGUAAUCCCUACAUCCAAUAAUUUAUUGUAUUUCAUUAUUAUUAUUGCUCUAAGUUUAUUUAAAUUUAAUUUUCAAUUUAUUGUAGAGUCUGUGCCACUCUUGAUUUAUUUGUACUUGUAAUUGCUUAAAAUAAUCCGCCAACCUUAUUAUUUGGAUAGAAAUACCAAACAGUAUGUCUGUUAAAUGUCAUAAAUUCAUUUUGAAUCAUAAAUCUAUUUUAUUUGCAUAUCUUAAUAAUAUUUUUAAGUCACGUUAAAUAAAAAAUAAUUUGGUUUCGUCAA